AUGCGGAUGCGCGCUAUGAAUCUUCGUGUGCCGCACACGUCUGUUCCACGCAGCCCCCAUGUGCUGAUGCGUAGCAUGACAAAACGCACCGCCGCUGAAGUGGGUGUCAUGCACACCGCAGAGAAGACAGCCAAGGCAUCGCGCAAGACGGCAUCGCGCAUUGUGACAUUGGCAGCAAUCCUCGCCGGUGCUGCGUUUGGUGUCUAUUGUAUGGACUCGCGCGCUGGUGUUCAUCGCUGGAUUUUUCCCCGGGUGAUGGAAUGGUGCACUGACCCCGAGACAGGUGCGAAGUUGUCCAUCAAACUGCUCAAGAUGGGCUUAGCGCCGCGCGACUGUGUGGAAGACGACCCAGUUUUGCGCACAGAACUGUUUGGCAAGACGCUCACAAACCCGAUUGGUCUGGCUGCGGGCUUUGACAAGCAGGCCGAAGCCAUUGAUGGUCUCUUUGACCUGGGCUUCGGCAUUGUGGAAAUCGGUAGUGUUACACCCGAGCCACAGCCCGGAAACCCUCAGCCGCGCAUGUUCCGUCUUCCGCUAGACGGUGCCGUGAUUAACCGUUUGGGCUUCAACUCGGAAGGCCACGAACCUGUGCGUGAGCGUUUGCAGGCACGCGUGGAGAACUGGGUGAAGCGUGUGCUGUCGGUCCAACAAGGACUUGUGUCGUCUGUGGGUACAGAUGCUGCCGUAGCGCAUCCUACGACGCUAGGCGAAGCGCAAGUGUUUGCAGGCUACCCUGACAUUACGGCCGACUUGGUCAACCAGGCUGGCGUUCCGCAGAGUCUGAAGCAGGACCGCCUGCUGAGUGUCAACCUAGGUAAGAACAAGACCUCGCGUGAGGACUCUGUCACAGACUAUGUGAAAGGUGUGCAGACGCUGGGCCCUUACGCGGAUAUGCUUGUGGUCAAUGUAAGCAGCCCGAACACCCCGGGCCUGCGUCGUUUGCAGCGCCGCAGUGUGCUGGAAGGUCUGCUACGCGAUGUCGUGGUGGCGCGUGACAAGUUGCUGGAGACACGAAAGACCCCGCUCCCGCUGCUGGUGAAGGUGGCGCCGGAUCUCAGUGACUCGGAGCUGGAAGAUGUUUCGGAUGCCGUGGAGAAUACCAAGGUGGAUGGCAUCAUUGUGAGCAACACAACAGUUCGCCGUCCGCCUGGAUUGCUGUCGCAUGAGCAUGUGAACGAAACAGGUGGCCUCUCGGGCCCGCCUGUGAAGCCGUUCGCCCUGCAUGCCCUCUCGGUGAUUUACGAACGCAGCCAGGGCAAGAUUCCUCUGAUUGGUUGUGGUGGUAUUACCAGUGCAGACGAUGCCCUAGAAUUUGCCAAAGCCGGUGCCAGUGCGGUCCAGCUCUACACAGCGUUGGCGUACCAUGGCCCUGGAUUGCCUCGUCGCAUCAAAGAUGACUUGGCGGCGCGAUUGCGGGCGGAGAACACGACGUGGUCCCAGAUGGUGGGUACGGGUCUGAAGAAGACACCUGUGUACGAACCUAGUGCGGUGAAUGACGUGGGUCUGUACCCUGGUGCGCAGGAUGCGUUUGACCGCAGCGUCGCCAGCGUGCGCCACGAAAUCGAGCAGCUGCGUGAGUCCUUCGGCCUAGGUGGUGCGCCUGCCACGGAACGCCAUGCGAUUCCCUUCACGGUAGAGAAGGGCGAAGAGAAGUACGCCUCUCUUCUCGAAGAAGCGCAGGCUAUAGUGGACGACAAGCCAGUGUACCAAGAGAGUGAGAACCCGCACGUGGGCGUGCUGCCGCAGCGUGCGCCGGCCGUGCCUGAGUACCUUUUGACACAGGCCAAGGAGCAGGGCGUGACACAGGGCGAGCUCUUUCAGGAGGCUGUGCAAGAAGCUACGGCGGAGCCUGUGGUGCCUAGGAACCUUCCAUCGUCGGAGAGCCAUACACGAAAUGUGACGACGGCCAGUGGACUGACGGCGCCUACGAGCAUGCCGGCGGAUAUCAAGAAAGCGAAAGCCGUACUGCGAGCCGAGGCCGACCCUGACCCGCAUCGUGUAGUGUAG